AACACCCCAAUGGUUCAAUUGUUACUACAAUCCCUGGCAUUCCUUUUCCUUUGGAUUGGAAUGCAUAUUGAAUAUUUACAGUCUGUGGACUUUAAGUUGUAUUUUGAUACUUGAUACUUCUUUAACUUAUAUUUUUACAUUGGCAGUUUGUGGCUCAUGACACCCCUCUGUCCCAUUAUUAAGAAUGAUAUCAGCUUUCUGUACCCGUUUGCUUUCAUCCUCGGCGCAUGCAGAGCUAAUGGGUUUUACAGUAUAAUGGCCAACAUGGGCCAAAUGAUGCUUCCUCUGGAACUGGCUCUGAUGUGUUACAUUAUUACUGCAACUAUUUAUUUUAGGGCAGUGAGUUAAAAAAUAACUCCUCCAAAUGAAAUUGCAGAGGGAGUUUGAAGGCACACCGAUGUGAUUACUGGAGUUGGAGUCGGGCCCAGGGUAACGGGGUCAGUAUCUCAACUUCUGCCAAAACGUCCAGCCAUCAAAGGAGCUGACACUUUUGGAAUACAGGCCUCUAUUAUCACCAGCCCACAAUGGCUCUCACAGUUGGAUCUGCAUCUUUUAAAGGUCCAACUUGGCUGCGGACGCGCUAAAGACGGACUCUGAAUCGCAGGCACCGCCUGGAAAGCAACCCAGAGUUAUAGCUUGGUGAACUGUCCAUUGUUCAGCAGUCUCUUUCGCAGGUGUGGAGAGAAUAUUCUCUUCCUUUGAACUGCUCCAUCUGAGUUUUACCAGCCAACUGGCAGUCGCGAAAAGCAAUAAAACUUUUCUUCCUCUGCCAAGACAUGGACAAAGCCAGGCUGCACAUGAACUUCCCCUGUUCUCCAAAAUAGGCCAGGAGCAGAAAUUUACAUAUAUCUGUCCAGUUCAUUUGUAGUCACGAUUGUGUGUGUUAGUGUGGAUGCCUAGAAGUUAUGCUUUGCUCUCCUGCUGUGCUUUUUUUCCGGUCCAAAUUAUAUUUACAAAUUGUCCUCCUGGAUUAAAACAUUCAUGCUGGUUUGGGAGCGGGGUGUUGAUGGCAAUUUGUCAUUAAUAUUUCUAUUCCGUUCUCUUUGCCAGAAGGCCACCAAGGUAGUGCACAGCCAGUCUGGAAUAAAAGAAUGAAAGCAGAAAUCUCAAAAGUACUUAAAAUCUUCAAAAUAACAUAUUUUAUAAUAAAAUAAUAAUUUUAUUUCUUACUCAGCUCUCCUUGUGGGUUGAGGUGGGUUACAACAUCACUAAAACACAAUCAUUUAAAAACAUUUUACAAAAUAUACAUAUUAAAACAUAUUUCUAGAAAAUACAUAAUAAAAGAGCCUGUAUAUCUUUUUGCUCUACAGUAGAUUCAAACUGUACAACUUGGAUCUCUGAAACUUGUCGUGCUUGCUUACAGGAACCUGGAAGCGUGCAUCCUUGACUUCUUUUGCUUGAAAAUAGAUGGAUGAUCUCAGUGAAUUAAAAACAUAGUCACCGCAGUGUCCUGCUUAUUCAUUAUAUGACAUUGAGUCACUGGACCCCACUGAGCGGCAGACACUAGACUAUUCAGGAUUAAAUGGCUUCUGAGAAGUAGAAGGUCAGCAUCAGAGCAAACCUUGAAGUUUGGUUCAAGAGAGGAAGAGCCAUGAUUGCUGCUCUUGCCCUCUUUUCCUGGGUUAGAGUACAGCUGUAAGUGUUUUAUCACUUUGCCACUUGGUGACUUUGGACAAGCCCCACUCUCUCAGAAGAAUUCAAUAAAAAAUCCCAAAUUUUGCCACAAAAACUCUGUGAUAGGGUCACCAUAAAUUGGAAACUAAUUGAAAGCACACAAUAACAAGUAGCUGGUGGAGAUUCUUUUUGAAAAGCAGGCCUGAAUAGUAUCUUUAUGAUCCAGAACCACCGUUUUUGUUUAAAUGAAUUGCUUCUGAUUCGGUUCUAGCUUCUGUGACUGUCAAAUCUCACUUGACUUGACAUUUCUACCUCACUACCGGCUUUCCCUUUAUGUUCUAAAAGUACACUCAUUGUUCAGAAAUUGACGAAAAAUAGACAGAUCCACAUUCAACCUAGUUUUGAUAUGCUCAAGGAAGAAAGGUCCAGGUUAGCUAUGGUGUCCUCCAGUCGAGUUUUCUCUUGCAGCCAUGUUAGUUGUAGUUUCUUUCCAGGAAACCUUCAUGCUUCUGAAUAGAUGGGCAGGUGCACCAUGUCAUAGAAACAUCCAAGGCACCAGGGACACAGCAGGUAGCCAUCCAGAAUUGCUGGCCAUUUUUGGAUUUGGAUCCUCCCCCCCCCCCCCCGAACUUGAGUGCAGGUCUGUGGCCAAUACCACAGAGAGCAGCUGUGGGCACAUCUGUCCUACGCUCAGGACACAUGAGAAAGGGAGAGCAGGCGGCAGGCCCCUUUGCUUUUUUGGCGAGGAUGAAUGCUAGAUCCUUGCCUCAUUUAUUUCUGUUCUUCCCCCUAAGCUUGUAGCAGGAACAAGGGCACUGUGUGGGCAGGAAGGCCUAAGGCAUGUGUCCUCUGAGGCUAAUUCCCUCCAUCCUCCCUUUGGCCUGGCCAGCUCUUAGUGCCACUCAACUAAGUAAAUGAUCUGACAGUGUGUAGGCAGUGUGUAUUCUCAGUAGUUGGUCCCAUAACCUCACUUUUGGGAGAGGCUCAAGGGUCUUGCUUGUUUGCAAAUGUGCAAUCUGUGAUUUUUGAUGUGACAAGUUGUCUGAACAAAGGACAAUGUUAAAAACAACAUUCUUCCCUGUGAUAAUUUUCUGCAACGGCACAGUAGUCUCUGCCAUCUGUCACUCAUACCUCAGGGCCUGGAGUCAGGGGAAAGCCAAGAGCUCAGUGAGAUGCAGCACCUGCUUUUUACGCAGAAGAUCCCGGGUCCAGUCCCUGAUGGUACCAGGUGGCCCUCAUUAAUGAAAUACUAUAACCAGGUUGAUAACGUAAAUUGGCUGGACGAAUACAAAGAGCGACACAAAGCUGGUUUGGAAGCCCGAAGAAUUGUAGCAUCCUUCUCCAAAAGGUUCUUCUCAGAGCAUGUGCCCUGUGAUGGCUUCAGUGAUAUUGAAACUCUUGGAUGCCCAAGCCGCUUCUUUGAAGAUGAGCUAAUGUCCAUCCUUAGUAUGGAAGGAAGGAAAGGCCUGACAUGGAAGUACUAUGCAAAGAAGAUCUUGUAUUUCCUGCGACAGCAAAACAUUUUAAGGAAACUAAAGGCUUAUCUUCAACACCCAGCUGAGGAGCAGUCCUUUUUGGAAGGGGCAGUCUUGGUUGACCAGUAUUGUAAUCCGUUGUUGGACAUCUGCCUGGAGACUGUCCAGGCCCAAGUUGAUGACAUCGCUGCUAAAGUUCGUAAAUACUUGAAAUCCAAAAACGCCAGACAUCCAAGCGUGACCUCCAAAGCAGGAGAGGCCUUGGUCAUAUCUCAGGUGGAGCUUCAGCGGCAGGUUCUGGAUGCCAUGAACUAUGUCCUUUAUGAGCAAUUAAAAUACAAAGGGAACGAGGUGGAUUACUACAAUUCUCUGAAUUCGUACAUCCGCCAGGUUUUGAUCCACAGGACGGGAAUCCCCAUCAGUUUGUCGGUGCUUUAUUUGACCAUUGCCAGGCAGUUGGGUGUUCAGCUUGAGCCGGUCAAUUUUCCCAGUCACUUCCUGCUCCGGUGGUGCCAAGGGACAAAAGGAAGCACAAACAUCUUUGACUAUGUUUAUAUCGAUGCUUUUGGGAAAGGAAAGCAGCUGACAGUGAAGGAGUGUGAAUACUUGAUUGGGCACCAUGUGACGGAAGAGUUUUAUGGUGUGGCCACAGCCAAGGAAGUUUUGCAGCGAAUGGUGGGCAACCUGUUAAACAUUGGAAAGCGGGAAAGCACUGAUCAGUCCUACCAGCUCCUAAGAGACUCAUUGGAUUUGUACCUGGCUAUGUAUCCAGACAAUGUGCAACAUCUAAUGCUCCAAGCUAGAUUGUACUUCCACUUGGGAAUCUGGCCAGAGAAGGUCCUGGACAUUCUGCAGCACAUUCAAGCCCUGGACCCCUCCCAGCACGGAGCAGUGGGCUAUCUCGUUCAACAUACGCUGGAACAUAUCGAGCGGCGGAAAGAGGAGACUGGACCCGAAGUGAAACUCCACUCGGAGGAGAAACACAAGGACAUCUGCUAUUCUGUCGGCAUGAUCAUGAAACACAAGAGAUACGGCUAUAAUUGCGUGAUAUAUGGCUGGGAUCCAUCGUGCAUGAUGGGCCACGAAUGGAUCCGCAACAUGAAUGUCCAUAGCUUGCCUCUUGGGGCUCACCAGCCAUUCUACAAUGUAUUGGUGGAGGAUGGAUCUUGCCGAUACGCUGCCCAAGAGAACCUGGAGCAUAAUAUGGAGCCUUACGAAAUCCCUCACCCAGACAUUGGCCGCUACUUCACAGAGUUUGCUGGCACUCAUUAUGUAGCGAACACAGAGUUGGAGAUCCGAUACCCCGAGGAUUUGGAGCUUACAUGCGCAGCGGUCCAAAAGAUAUAUGAGAAAAAAGAAUGAACUUUUUAUUUCUUUGCAGAGGAAAAAAUAUGACUUCAUGCAGUAAUGGCGAAAAUGGCAUCGCAGGGAAGCCAGUGCUCUCUGACUUAACUAGGAAAUCCUAUUUUGCCCCUAAACUAACAGCAAUGAGGUUUCUAAUGCAACCACUCACUUCUGGCUUGCCAACUCUAGCAAGUUGAUGUGGAACGCAUGAGUUUUGGAAGCAAGAUGCUACAUGCCUGAAAUGACCUCUUUGUACAAAGUAGCUGAUCCUUUUUACCAUCCCCGACCCUAAGAGCUCUUCUUCUUGACUUUGAGGAUGUUUUGCGCAGCCUGGAGAGUGACGUGUUGACAUUGUAUGGACAUGAUCUGUCGUAUCGGCAAUAUUUUACAGGUUUGUGUUUUGUUAGUAGUUGGUAAGGUCACUCAGUGGUCUCUUCUUUCCAAACCUCUGCUCUUUGCAACAGCCAGCAGUCCAGUGCCAAAGUUUGGGAGUGAGACUGAAACCCAGAGAUCUUUAGAAUGUACUAAGUUCAUCUAAUUCCCCACUUCAAGCAAAUUGGAACCACUGCACGAAAGGGGAAGAGUACAUCAGUCUUCCUCUUUCCCAAAAGCUUCUGAAUUUCCAUUUCACUACGUAUACAUAUAACUUGCCUAUAUUAGGGGUGAUUUAAUGGUAUAUUUUUGGGCAGGUUGGAUGAGAACACCCAUUCUUCUCUUAUAUAUAUCUUGAAGAAACUGUAGCCAUAAGAUUCCUCUUUCACCGCCUCCCUAAAGUGGAGUAUCUACGCGGUGACAUUCAGUGCUAUCAAUCCUAAAGCCCAAUGCCCAUAUUUUGCCAAGCAGAACUCCUGUUAGAGAAACACCGGUAGCAUAAUACCUGGCAUUCCUGUUACUGGAGAACAUGUGUUAAAUACGGGUUUGCAGUCCAACCACCAGACUGGUUGGUAGACGUGCAGGGGAAAACCGCUGAUCACACCUCUCUCUCCCUUUCAUUAGACAUUAUAAGCACUCGUUGCAAAUCUAUGAAACCUGUAAUUUUAAAAUUGGUGUCUCUGAGCAGUCAAUACUUACGGGAUUAUUUGCUUCGUGGAACUGCAGGUAUGCUAUAAUUAUAUUGUGACGGGUAAAAUGAUACACUUUUACAAACUUAGUUUUGAACAUUGCUUUUAGUAGCAACAAAACCACUAUUUUCCAGGAUCACUGCUGAUUUGCAUGCUGUGUUUUCAUAAUGUUUAGCCAGCGCAUUUCUUUGUGGAAUUCUCCAUGUCUCCUGGGGGAACUUGAAACAUCACAGAAUAUUGUUUAAGGUAUCAGAUACCUUGUUUUACAUGUUACGCUGCGGCCUCUGUGAGCAAACGUCCUAUUUGGAUCUAGACAGCUACCAGUGCUGCCCUGAACUACUUCUGAGGGCAGAAAGCAAAAGCAGCAUAGCCAAUAGUCAUGAACACCCUCACUGAUCAGAGAUGUGUUUUCUCAAGGCUGAGGGGUCCUAGCGGUCUUGGGGCAAUUCAAACAUUCACAUUACUUGCCCAUUGGGAGUGAAUCAAAAGGCAAACAGGAUGCAGACAGCUAAUACAGGGAAGUGGGAAGGUCCUAAUAUAUAUAUGGAAGAGAUUGAAUUAGAGAGCUGAAAUGCUAUGCAGUUUGCACACCACGAAUCCAGAUCUUGCCUCUGCAGGAUACGAACUUCAGCAAUAUAUAGCCUGAGCUUUCCCACUUCAUUGGGAAAGAUGCUGCUACAAUGUUGUUAGGGAAUAAUGCAUCAAACCUCAGCUUUUUCAUGUGCAACAGGGUCCUUUGAAGCAUGGUAGAACACUCGCCCUGGACCUCUGUCUUGCGUUAACCCUGGUUGUGUAACCUUUUUCCAGGGCUGCAUCACUUCCCUCUCUAUGCUACUGGUAGUCGGAUCUUCGUCUGUGGUCCCUCCCUUGUUUGAAGUUAGUCUUCGCAUUUCUGUCUGCUUGCAAAGCACUUAGAAGUUGUCUUUCCUAUGAAAGGUGCUAUAUAAAUAUAUGCAUAUAAAUAAUCAAUCAGUAUGGUAUAUUAAAAAUAGAAUUUGUACAGAUAAUAUUCAAGAUGCAGUUUUGAUCACAAACUGACCUAUUUUUCAGGAGAGUUUCGAACGUGGGGUCCUCUCCUCCCCUCCCUUGUCACUUGGUGGAAUAAAAUGUUAAUCUUGUCAUGUUA